AUGAAGAAACAGAAUAAGAUUGAGACUGAGACCAAGACUGAGAUUAAGACCGAGACUGAGAUUGAGACCGAGACUGAGAUUGAGACCGAGACUGAGAUUGAGACCGAGACUGAGAUUGAGACCGAGACUGAGAUUGAGACCGAGACUGAGAUUGAGACUGAGAUUGAGACCGAGACUGAGAUUGAGACCGAGACUGAGAUUGAGACCGAGACUGAGAUUGAGACCGAGACUGAGAUUGAGACCGAGACUGAGAUUGAGACCGAGACUGAGAUUGAGACCGAGACUGAGAUUGAGACCGAGACUGAGAUUGAGACCGAGACUGAGAUUGAGACCGAGACUGAGAUUGAGACCGAGACUGAGAUUGAGACCGAGACUGAGAUUGAGACCGAGACUGAGAUUGAGACCGAGACUGAGAUUGAGACCGAGACCGAGACCGAGAUUGAGACCGAGACUGAGAUUGAGACCGAGACCGAGAUUGAGACCGAGACUGAGAUUGAGACCGAGACUGAGAUUGAGACCGAGACUGAGAUUGAGACCGAGACUGAGAUUGAGACCGAGACUGAGAUUGAGACCGAGACUGAGAUUGAGACCGAGACUGAGAUUGAGACCGAGACUGAGAUUGAGACCGAGACUGAGAUUGAGACCGAGACUGAGAUUGAGACCGAGACUGAGAUUGAGACUGAGACCGAGACAGAUUGA